CCAAUUCCCUCGUAUAUAAAUACGUAAAACAAUCACUCUCUCUCUCUCUCGUGUUCUUUGUAACUUCAAAGGGAAAAUAGGAGGUCGUGUUUGCCGUUUUUUUUUCUUUUUUCCUCAGUCCAAAAGAGAGUAAAUUCGUGGAAAUCUUCAGGAGCUGUGGUUUGAGUAAGAAUGGGUGACCAUGUGGUUUUGUGUGUUGAUGGCCAUGUUAAAUCUGAGAAUUUGCAUUCAGUGCAAGGGGCUGAGGGAGUCCCAGGAUCUUCUGGAGAGGGUUCUGGCUCACAUCCUGCUCAUCCACCCACUUGCACUAUUGAUGUUGAGAGAGUUGGGGAACAUGGUGUGUCUGAAGAAGAAGAACCACUGAUUCAGUCAGUGGAAUGUCGUAUCUGCCAGGAGGAGGACAGCGUUAAAAAUUUGGAGGUCCCUUGUUCUUGCAGUGGUAGUUUGAAGUUUGCUCAUAGGAAAUGUGUUCAGCGAUGGUGCAAUGAGAAGGGAGAUAUUACUUGUGAGAUAUGUCAUCAGCCUUACCAACCUGGCUAUACUACCCCACCACCUCCACCUCACUCUGAAGAUACUUCAAUUGAUAUAAGUGAGGGUUGGACAAUUUCUGGUACACCUUUGGAUUUGCAUGACCCUCGACUAUUGGCAAUGGCAGCAGCGGAACGCCAUCUUUUGGAGGCCGACUAUGAUGACUAUGCGGAUACUAGUGCUGGUGGUGCUGCAUUUUGCCGCUCUGCUGCUAUAAUUUUAAUGGCUCUUCUGCUGUUAAGGCAUGCUCUAUCCCUUGCCAGUGCUGAUGGAGAAGAUGAUGCUUCCGCCUUUUUCUCUGUUUUACAGAUUUUCUUACUUCGGGCUGCUGGCUUUCUUCUGCCAUGUUACAUUAUGGCAUGGGCCAUCAGUAUAUUGCAGCGACGAAGGCAAAGACAGGAAGCAGCAGCACUUGCAGGAACUGAAGUUGCUGCAUUUAUGCUGCAGGCUGGACAACGUCGGGGCUUGCAGUUCACCCUUGCAUCUGGACCUGCGGUGAUUCCCCAUCAAGAACCACUUCAAUGAUAUGGUGUACAUAACAGUUGUAGAUUCUAAAAUGCUGAUGCAGAAAAGUUGGAAUUGGAAAUUUGAGCAUGUCGUUUAAAAUUUGAUACUAGCAGUGGAAAAUUGGAAGGCCCUUUUUUUUUUCUUUUGUCAAGUUGCAUCUUUAAUCUCUCUCCCCCCCAAAAGAAGAAAAACUUCAAAUGCCCUCCCAUUUUUUCUCAUGAUGUUUGUACAUAUAUCAGUGGUAUUACUGCUGCAUGGGGAACUUCUUAUCUUGGUAGAGCUAUUUCCAUAGAUUGUACGGAUUAUGAUAUUGGUAUCAGCAUGUUUAUAAGAACUUGAUGGCGGUGGAAGACGUUUUCUUUGCA